UAUUUGACUCCUUCUCCAACUCAAUCCCCCAUCUCUUCUCUGCCAUGAAAAAUCUGGAAUAAUAACUUCCCACUUCUUUCUUUUGGGUUUCCUUUCCUUCAAUUUAUACAACCUCAAAAUGUGGGUUAAACUUACAAAUAUUUCUUCAAUUCUCUCCCAUCUGCUUAUCAGCAUCAGUCUUGUUGAGGCUUUCAUAAGAUGCUAUGACACUGAUAAUUUCACCAUAAAUAGUACCUAUGGUAAAAAUCGGGACCUUAUUCUUGCUUCUCUCCCACCGAAUGUCUCUGCAAAAGGUGGUUUCUUCACUGCCAAUGUUGGCCAAAACGCCGACAAAGUUUACGCUCUUGGUAUGUGCAGAGGAGACUCUAGUCCUGACGAUUGUUAUAAAUGUGUCAAUUCUACAAUCCACGACCUCGUAGCUAACUGUCCCAACCAGAAGGAAGCCGUUUCAUGGGAAGGGCAACCAUGUCAUGUACACUAUGCAGAUCGCUCGUUUUAUGGAACCCUGGAGGAGCUAGGAAACCCCGAGGCAGGCUAUAAUACAGGCGACAUCAAAUCUAACUUAACAGAAUUUGAUACGGUUUGGGAGAGUUUGAUGGACACAGUGGUGAGAAACGCUUCCAACGGCUCUUCUACUCUUAAGUAUGCAACCGAGGAAGCAGACUUUACAGUAUUCCAAAAGAUAUAUGCGCUAAUGCAGUGCACUCCAGAUUUAUCACACAAGGAUUGUGAUUCCUGCCUAAGGCAAUCCGUGAGUAACUAUGAAAGUUGUUGCCAUGGGAAGCAAGGAGGUUAUGUUACGAGGCCUAGCUGUUAUUUCCGCUGGGAUUUGUAUCCUUUCUAUAUUACAGCGACCCCAUCCUUAUCUCCGCCAUCCUUAUCUCCUCCACCUUCACCUGGUAGUCCUCGCCCGGUUAUAAAAGUGCUCGGAAGCUUGCGAAGGUUGGAGAUCAUUGGAGCAUCAUCACACUAACCACUAGCUCAUUUUGGGUAUAUAUAGUAAAAUCAUUUUGGUAUGAUGCAUAUUUAGGCUAAUUUUUCCAUAGAUGGCUUAAAUAUGUGGUUUGUAAUCUAGUUAUUGGAAUGGCUAGCAAUGAUUGUUUUUGUUAUACUUGUAAUGUCAUACUAUGGUAGCCAUAUACAUGUUAAAUGGUUGAUCAAA